UGAGUUUAGAAAUUGAAAGCUAAAAUUUUUUAUUAAAAAAAAAGUACAUAACAUUCCAGUUUUUUUUUUUUUUGCUCUUUUUUAUUCGUUUAGUUUAGAUUAUUACGUCUCUAUUUAAAAUUAGAACUAUCAUUAAGAAUAAUUGGUGAUACUCGUAUUAUAAAAUAGAAGUAGUUAAGAUUUUCAAAUUUUAAACAAAAAAUAAAAAAUAAUGGCUGUGGAGGAACAUGAUUUUACACCAAAAAAUCCAACAUUACAAAAAAUUGUUAGAGAAGAAUUAAAUGAAACACAAACUCGUAUUAAUGAAAGUUUAGAACAUAUUAAAGAAUGGCUAUUAAAACAACCCCAUAUAACACCAAGAUUAGAUGACAAAUUUCUCAUAGGAUUUCUUAGAACAUCAAAAUAUAGUUUAGAAGCAACAAAAAGUAAAUUAGAUACAUAUUUUUCAUUUAGAAGUCUGGCACCGGAAUUCUUUAGAGAUCGUGAUCCAUAUGAUAUAAAAUUAAAAGGACUUCUAGAAAGUGGGACUUAUUUUCCAACACCAGAAUCCCAUCCAGAUGGAUCACGCGUUAGUGUAACUGUAGUAUCUAAUUUACAAAAGCAUGAUUGUGGUAUUAUAGAUAUAAUUCGCAUUACUACUAUGGUAAAUGAUAGAAUUUGCAUAUAUGAUGAUCAUUUAACAAUAGCUGGUGCCCAUGCAGUUUUAGAUGUCGAAGGUUGUACCAUUGCAUUAGCAACACAAGUUUUACAAUUGGCUAAUAAAUUAGCUUUAGGAAUACAAAAUGCAUAUCCAAUUCGAAUUAAACAUUUUCACUUGAUUAAUGUUGACAAAACUCCACCAAUUUUUCAGAUGGUUUUAAAAACGUUUAGGACUCUUUUCAGAGAUAAAAUGGCUCAAAGAAUCCUUAUACAUGACAAUCUUGAAAGUUUACAUAAAUGUGUUCCGAAGAACAUAUUGCCAAACGAAUACGGCGGUGAUGCUGGUACAUGUGCAGAAAUAUCAGCACAAUAUAUCCUUCCAAUUAUGUUAAAGAGUAAAGAAUGGCUUCAAGACGAUGCACAAUACAAAAGUGAUGAAUCAAAAAGAGUUGGACAAUCAAAAAACAAUGAUAUGUUUGGAAUUGAGGGGUCUUUCAAGAAACUGGAAAUUGAUUAAUUUAUUCUGUGUUUUUCUUUUUUAAUUCAUAUUUUUGUAUGAUUAAUAUUAUUUAACCUUAUAGGUGGUAAAUUAAAGUUAAUUUUUGUAUUUAAAUGUUGAAUUAAUUUUGUAAAAAGUGAAAUUUUUGUAAAAGGUGAAAUAAAAUAUAAAAUGUAAUGAAAUUUCAAUAA